UCAGGACAAUCUGAGGUGAAGAUUGUCCUCCAGCUGUUGCCUCCGAUAUAACAUCUGUUGGUACAGUUUGUUCCCAGUGAGAAAUACUGGGAGCAGCAGCUCCUGAUGGAUGGGAUCUGGAACCGCUGACAGCUCCCCGGUGAGACGCUGGCUUCCUUCUCACAUAGUGACGGCUCAAACCCUACAAACAGAAAAUAACCCCACUAGCCGGCAUCUGGACUGGGGAUCAGUUUAAUCGUUAGCAGCCAUUCUUUCUCGGUUAAAAGGACUCCAAAGGGCACAGGGCUGCACGUUUCUUUCACCCUCAUUUGUCUUUAAGAAAUACAGAUUUAUCAUCAUUUAAUACGACGGAGGCGUGUCCCUCCUGCACAUGCUCAGUGCGAGUGUAUGCAAACAUGCUGGAAUGGUUGGGAUGUCCUCGGUACUUCAGCCCGGUUCCCAGUAAAAAGUAUCACGAGUUUCAAGUGACGGGAUCGUCCUUUUUUUGGGACGGUUCCAUCCGAUCCGACAAAAAAAACUCGGCUCAUCCAUCUGCCCCUCCUCACUCAUCAGAAGUUGAUAAAGGUGAGCCCUGGAGUUACCAGGAAGCACUUUGACAAGAGCUGCACGCCAGGAGCCAAACAGAACCAUGCCGGUCCCCAAGAAAGCAGGGAAAAAAGGAAGCAACGCUGCAGAAGAGAAGCUGCCGCCGUAUGAGCCAAAUAUCCCGGAACCAACUACCAGAGCUGACUUCAUGAAAUACUGGUUCCCCGUCUCUCUGGAUGACAAAACAGCACAGAAGCUGCUGUGGAUUUCUGAGGGCAGCACCAAAGUGACUCGUACCUCGGACACAGUCUGCCCUUAUCCCAACAGGCCUGAAAGAUACCAGGACUCACCACAGGUGCUGUGUAAGGAGGGCUUGAUGGGCGUCCGAGGCUACUGGGAGGUGGAUUACGACGGCUGGGUGGUGAUCGGUGUGGUGGCGGAGAGUGCGCCCCGUAGAGGCCAGGAGGUGCCCUGCGGUCUCGGGGAGAACAAAGGCUCCUGGGGGGUCGGCUGGUCCGGUUCCUGCUACCAGGUCUGGCACAACGGCGAGAACAUCGACAUCCAGCUGCCGGUAUCCCCCACCAUAGGCGUCUACGUCGAUCUGCCGGCCGGCAUCAUCUCCUUCCUGUCGGUGGAGGGAGACUCCGAGAAGGAGGUGCGGCUGAUCCACAAGUACAAAGCCAAAUUCGAGGAGAGAAUUUUCCCCGGGUUCUGGAUCGGAACAAAUUCCUUCUGUCUUAUCCGGAAAAAAGAUCAGUGACACUUGAAAGGGGUUGCAAUGGAAACCCAUCCAUGACAUGAAUAAAAAAACAAAAGUCUGCAGGAAGUCAUAAUUUUGACUUUCUAAGUCAUAAUUUUUGAUAUACUGGAGUAAACCUUCAAUGAGAAACUAUUUACAAAUAAUGACUUUAAAUCUCAAAAUUAUGACAUUCAAAGUAGAAAUUAUGACAUUAAAACUCAAAAUGAUGACUUUUAUUCUCAUAAUUAUGACUUCAAAACUCAUAGUUAUGACUUUUCUCUGUCUAUAUUUUCAUAAUUUUAACCCUUAUUCUUGUAAUUAUGACUUUAAAAUUCUAAAUUAUGACUUUUUCUCAUAAUUUUAACUUUCAACUCAUACAAAUGUAACUUGUACAAUUCUGAAUUUUAAAGUCAUAUUUCUAAGACUUUUUACUUUUAUUUUUAUGAUUAUAAAACUCUAAAUUUUACUUCCUGUCUGGCUAUUAUUUUUUGGUUCAUGGCAGAAAUGGGCUUCCAUAGUUGUGGGAAUUGGGCAGCAGUGGUUUUACCAGAAAGUGUUCAUUUAGGUGUGAUUGGAGAAAAACAAGCUUUGAAACACAACUGAAUACUUGGCAACAUGUUUGCAGUUUUUUUUCCUCUCAAUGCAUAAAAACACCUUCAGACCUUCAUUUGUUUUUGUUAAUUUAAGUUAGACCAGAUAAUGUUGGGUGUUUUUAUUACUUUGACCCUGUUAAAUUGUCCUGAAUGUAGUCAAUAAACUAGUUUUCUUCACUGUGCCAGUAUAAAGUCGACACUCAACUGACUUUUUUGUCUGUGCUGGAAUGAGUGCAAACAUGCAACUUUAGUGAUGACAAGAUCAAAACAAAACAAAGACCAUCACUAAUAUUUGGUUAAAAGUUCCUCAGCAAGUUUCCUUUCACUGACCUAUUUCCUUAAAAAAAAAACACACUUCUGGUAUAUUUUCUGCCAAUCAUUCAGGCAGAUUUUGGUUCCUAAAGCUGUGUUUUGGGACAAAUGUUUGUGGGUCUCAACAGCUGAUUUUGUUUGUUAUCUUCUGAUUUAAGUUAUGAAUAUGUGCCAUUCAAUGCCCACCAAUAGAAUAGAAUUGUUAUUUAAUUGGAAAAAUUAACUGCAAUGCUGAUGAAUCAAUACUUUUACCUACAGAUUGUCGGGCGGGAAAUUGGCAAGGUAGGCCCAGAUAACACAGUGCUAGCGAGUGCUAGCUAAUAACACAGUGCUAGCGAGUGCUAGCUAAUAACACAGUGCUAGCGAGUGUUAGCUAAUAACACAGUGCUAGCGAGUGCUAGCUAAUAACACAGGGCUAGCGAGUGCUAGCUAAUAACACAGUUGUAGCGAGUGCUAGCUAAUAACACAGUGCUAGCGAGUGUUAGCUAAUAACACAUUGCUAGCGAGUGUUAGCUAAUAACACAGUGCUAGCGAGUGUUAGCUAAUAACACAGUGCUAGCGAGUGUUAGCUAAUAACACAGUGCUAGCGAGUGUUAGCUAAUAACACAGUGCUAGCGAGUGUUAGCUAAUAACACAGUGCUAGCGAGUGUUAGCUAAUAACACAGUGCUAGCGAGUGUUAGCUAACACGCUGUCCGUAGCCGGAAAAAGAAAA